AUGUAUAAUUCUAUAUCUAAUUUUGAUGAUGAUUCUGAUGAUGAACUCCCUACCCAACAAGCCAUUCAGGAAAGCUUACAAGAUAGGCAUAAAAUUGAAACAAGUGGCAGUGCAACAGAGGAUGAAAGUUUCCAGUGUAUUGCAAGUAAAGAACAUGGAAAGAUAAUUGAAGCAAUUCGCACAGGCCAAGAAGAGGCCUUGAUGAAGUUGGUGAAGCACAGUUCUGCUUUUGAAGAAGCAGAUCAGCAAGGCUGGCUUCCUGUGCAUGAAGCUGCAGCACAGCUAAAUAAGAACAUCCUUGAAAUAACUUUGAAAGCCUCCCGUGCUGUGACGUGGGAACAGACAACUCUAAAAGGGGAAACACCUCUCUUGGUGGCAGUAAGGAAUUGCUUUGUAGACAAUGUCCGCUUUCUCCUGCUCAAUGGCUGCAAUCCCAAUGUUAAGAAUGAAGAGGGAGAUUCUCCUUUAGUUAUAGCAAUUAAACAUGAUUCAUAUGAGGUUGCCUCCUUGUUGAUAAGUUUUGGUGCAAAAGUGAAUCUGCAGUGUGUCCACGAGAGGACUGCUUUACAUGAGGCGGCCAGACUAGGCAGGAAGGAUCUGGUGAAGCUUCUCCUUCGUUCUGGAGCAGAUCCUGACCCUCGCAGUGGAUAUGGGCUCACACCUCUAGCACUGGCUGCACAGAUCGGACAUACAGAAAUUAUGGAGCUCUUAUUGCAAAAAGGUGCGGAUGUUCUUUCACAGGCAAUGGAUUGUGCUUCUGUAUUGUUCGAAGCAGCAGGAGGAGGGAAUCCAGAUUCUCUGAGUCUUUUACUAGAAUAUGGGGCUGAUGCCAAUGUACCAAAGCACUCGGGUCAUUUGCCAAUCCACAGAGCUGCAUAUAGAGGACACUUCCUAGCCCUAAAAAAUUUAGUUCCCGUUACUGAUUUUGAUGCCAUUAAAGAAAGUGGGAUAAGUCCAGUUCACUCAGCAGCAGCAGGAGCGCAUCCUCAGUGCCUUGAGUUUCUCCUCAAAUCGGGGUUUGAUGCCAAUUUCAUGCUGGCUCAAAGAGUUCGCAAAGGCUACGAUGACCACCGGAAAUCAGCACUGUACUUCGCUGUCUCCAACGGGGAUAUCUGUUCCACAGAGUUGCUGUUGAAUGCAGGAGCCCUGCCAAACCAAGAUCCUAUCAACUGUCUCCAGAUAGCCUUGAGAAUGGGCAACUAUGAGUUAAUGAAUCUCCUGCUCCGACAUGGGGCUAACGUCAAUUACUUCUGCCGAGUGAAUACAACGCAUUUUCCGUCAGCUCUACAGUACGCUCUGAAAGAUGAAGUCAUGUUACGAAUGCUGAUGAACUAUGGGUAUGAUGUGCACCGCUGCUUUGAUUGCCCUCGGGGAAACAGCUCGCAUUCCCAGUACGUGACCGAUGGGUGGACUUCUACUGUUAUCAAAGAUACAAUGUUCUGUGAAGUAAUAACCUUGUCAUGGUUGAAGCAUCUGUCGGGGAAAGUAGUGCGAGUAAUGUUGGAUUACGUCGAUCACGUCAAUAUCUGCUGGAAGCUGGAGGCAGUUCUCAAAGAGCAGGAACUCUGGCCAGACAUCAAUUCGAUUCUGACAAAUCCUCGUGCUCUGAAGCACCUUUGUCGUCUCAAGAUACGGGAGUGCAUGGGCCGGUUGCGUCUCCGUUGUCCUGUCUUCAUGACCUUCCUUCCACUGCCAAACUGCCUGAAAGACUACGUACUAUACAAGGAAUACGAUCUUUACGGACAGGAAAACUUCACAGGAACCUACGGCCUCAACUGUGCAUAA